UGGGAAGGAGAGGAGAGCCUCCUUUGUGAUCGUCAGUCGUUGCAUGGCAAUGGCACCUCUCCUCCUCAUCCUCCUGGUUUUCAUGCCCUGCCAAACAAUGCUUUUUACUUUUGACCGCGUGACCUCAUCACCUCCCCUCUUCUCCAUCAUAUCUUCGUGGUGGAUGAAUCCCCUUCCUCAGCACAGCAGCUGCUCGACUCGAUCAACGCCACAAGGUUACCAUAAUUAAUGGCCAAUAAUACGAUAUCUCAUUGGUGCGGAGUUGUGUUUGAUAAUUUCAAAGAUUCUAUGGUACGCUUGGACUGUGCACAGCAGUUCCGCGGGAAUGGUUUUGUUGUCUUCGGCAGUGGCAACACAGGCCUCAUACUGACCUGUGAACAUAAUUUGCCCAAGACCGAGAGCAAUGGUACCGUGGCCGUGGUGGUGGUGGGUUUUCACACUGGUGUAAGGUUUGAUGCUCGAGUCGUCUAUGUCGACGCAGGCAGAGAUCUAGCCUUGCUCCGCGCUGAUACUUUUAGUGUUCCUUGUACUCCUUUGAGAUUCUGGGAAGAUGGAGAUGUUGUUUCUGGGAUUGAUGUUGUUUUACUCGCAUUCUUCACAAUGAAGUAUGGCCAAGUUCUUGUAGAGCCAGGAACAUUUCCCGGAAAGAUACUCUCCGAACCAGUUUGGGAUGAAGAAACUGACAGUGGAGAAAUUAGAUCGGACUAUACAUCCGAGAGUGGCACAUCAGGGGCACCUGUUUUCUUACAAAGAGUAAACAAGGUGGUUGGAGUGAACAGUGGAGCACUUGGUGGGACUGUCAAGACUGCUAUUUCUGUCCGAACCAUACAUGCGGCUUUAAGACAGUGGCUUCAACCUGGAGAUGAAAACAUAACAAUCGAGGAAAUGCUAAAGAGGAUUGCUGAACAAUGAAAUACCAGGGCAUUAUCUUCAACUUGAUGAGUAGGGGAUUGAUGGACAGGAAGAAUUGAUUCGGUUGGAAGUAAGAGACAAGUUAUGUUAAAAAAUAUCAAGAAAUGCUUUCACUGAAAUGAUCCGCACGUGGGUCUAUUUCAAUCGUAUCUGUUCUAAGACUUAUUAGAAUUUCAAUUUUAUAUGUGCUACCACUUGAAUUUAGAUGUACCAUUCGUCUUUUUAUUUUAGUGCAACCGUGCUGUUCAUCUUAAUCUGCACACUGUAUGCUGGAGCAAAUUUGACCAAUGUGCAUUUAUGCUACUAGAUGCCUGUGCGCCGCGUCAUGGUGCGCGAUUGUUUC